UUAAGGUAGAAAUCAGCUAUGAGAAACCACACAAUGGUCACAGCCUUUAUUCUUCUUGGACUAACAGAUGAUCCACUAUUACAGGUGGUGGUUUUUCUUCUCCUUUUUUUCACUUACAUGUUGAGUGUUACAGGGAACCUGACCAUCAUUGCCCUCACCCUAUUGGAUUCUCAUCUCAAGACACCCAUGUACUUCUUCCUCCGGAAUUUCUCAUUUUUAGAAAUUUCGUUCACAACUGUCUGUAUCCCCAAAUUUCUUGUUAGUAUGGCAACAGGUGAUAAGACCAUUUCUUACAAUGAUUGUGCAGCACAACUGUUUUUCACUAUUCUCUUGGGGGCAACUGAAUUUUUUCUUCUGGCUGCCAUGUCCUAUGACCGCUAUGUGGCUAUCUGCAAGCCUCUGCACUACAUGACCAUCAUGAGAAGCUCAGUCUGCAACCUGCUGGUGUUUGCUUCGUGGGUGGCUGGUUUCCUGAUCAUUUUUCCACCAGUCAUCAUGGGUCUCCAGCUUGAUUUCUGUGCAACCAAUGCUGUAGAUCAUUUCUUCUGUGAUGUCUCCCCUGUACUUCAGCUCUCUUGCACAGACACAGAUCAAAUAGAAUUAAUGAUGCUUUUCUCAGCCAUUCUGACACUCCUGGUUACACUGAUGUUGGUAAUUCUCUCCUACACACACAUCAUCAGGACUAUUCUGAGAAUCCCUUCUUCUCAACAGAGGAGGAAAGCCUUCUCUACGUGUUCUUCUCACAUGGUUGUCGUGUCCAUUUCUUAUGGCAGCUGCAUCUUCAUGUACGUGAAACCCUCUGCAAAGGAAAGAGUGUCCUUAAAUAAAGGUAUAGCUCUGCUCAGUACUUCUGUUGCCCCCAUGUUGAAUCCCUUCAUCUAUACACUGAGAAACAAACAAGUGAAAGAUGCUUUUAAGCACAUGAUCAAAAACAUAAAGCUUUCUCACUGA